ACAGGAAAAGCACAAAACCCAAACAGAGUCCAGUAGCUGCAAUACACACAGGACAACCAGAAGUAAGACUGGGAAUACCAAAAGGAGGCUUUUCCCUUGGAAGUAAGAAAGGAAGAGCUCCUGCACAGAAGCUUUGCUGCAGAGGCCAUGGGCUGCUGGAAGCAAGAGAAAACCAGCACCUGGUUUUUUCCCACCCUGAUCCUCUGCCUCUAUGGAUUCUUCUACAUGAUGAAACCAUCAGAACCUUUCCUAACACCCUAUCUAACAGGACCAGAUAAAAACCUGACCACAGAUGAGGUUACCAACCAGGUUUUUCCAGUCUGGACAUACUCCUACCUGGCUCUCCUUUUCCCAGUGUUCCUGCUCACAGACUACGUGCGCUACAAGCCCGUCCUCCUCCUGCAGGGCCUCAGCCUCAUCGUCACGUGGCUGCUGCUGCUCUUUGCACAUGGAGUGGUGGCCAUGCAGCUGGUGGAAUUCUUCUACGGCAUGGUCACAGCCACCGAGGUGGCCUAUUACGCCUACAUCUACAGCGUGGUCAGCAGCCAACACUACCAGAGGGUCACCAGCUACUGCAGGAGCGUCACUCUGGUGGCAGCCACCGUGGCCGCCGUGCUGGGACAGCUGCUGGUGUCCUUAGCAGGCGUCUCCUACUUCCACCUCAACGCCAUCAGCUUGGCUUCCGUGUCCUUGGCGUUCGUGUGCGCGCUCUUCCUGCCCAUGCCCCGGAGGAGCAUGUUCUUCCACAGGAAAGAUGCCCCUGAGCCUGUGCCAGGGCCUGGCAAAGGGCUGGCCGUGGGCACUGCCCCCAGGCCCCAGAGCUGCCAAGAGGAAAGGAGCCCUGCUGCUGCUGCUGCUGCCGGGGCCCCGAGCCCCCAGCCCCAGGCCGGCAGUGCCGGGCCCCACAGGCACCUGCUGGGCGUGCUGCUGCAGCUGGGCAGGGACCUGAGGCACUGCUACGGCUCCCGCAAGCUCCUCUGCUGGUCCCUGUGGUGGGCUCUGGCCACGGCCGGCUUCAACCAGGUGGUGAAUUAUGUCCAGGUGCUGUGGGACUUGCGAGCCCCCUCGCACAGCUCCGCAGUGUACAACGGAGCUGUGGAAGCCAUAGCAACCUUUCUGAGCUCAGUAACAUCUUUCCUGGUACAAUAUAUGCAGAUUAACUGGGACCAUUUUGGAGAACUGGCUUUAGGGAUCUUCUGUGCAAUAGAUGCAGGUUGUCUGUUUCUCAUGCAUUUCUCUACCAGCAUCUGGGCAUGUUAUGCUGGAUAUCUCAUUUUCAAGGCAUGCUAUGUGCUCCUCCUGACAAUAGCAACGUUCCAGAUCGCCGUCAAUCUGAGCAUGGAGCGCUAUGCCCUGAUGUUUGGAUUCAACAACUUCAUUGCCCUGCUCAUCCAGACCAUUCUCACAAUAGUUGUUGUAGAUUCAAGAGGCCUGGGACUGGACAUAGUGACUCAAUUUUUAAUUUAUGGCAGCUACUUCGCAGUCAUACAUGGGAUUUUCAUGAUCAGAAGCAUUUGUGUGCUGGUCUCAUGCAAAUGCCAAAGGAAAAUAGUGAGAUCUUGCACAGAGCAGCUGAACCAGGCUGAGCACGAGUCAAGAGAGCAGAUUGUCACAAGCCACAUGACACGGCUGUAGGAGGCAGGCAGGCUGGAGAAGGGCUUCUCCUGGGAGAAGGGCUCCCAGCAGGGAAGAAGAGCAGCAUGCAGGGAACAGCAGUGCAAGAAGAACGUUCAACUGAGCCCUGAAAAGCUACGCUGAAUCAUUCCAGCACUUCAGCAGAACAUAUGCCAGCAGAGAGCUCACCAGAAUGGCACUGUGCCAAGAAUAAAAGAUAAGUUUCUUUAGAUUCUUAUUUACAUGUAUAUAAAUAGCUUAAGGGCAGUAAGUUAUACACAGAAUCAGAGCAACCACCUUUGCCUCCCCCCACGCAUGAUGGCAGAGAGCAGAGUUCACCCUGCCUUGCUCAUUGUAGCUCCUGAAUGUGGUGCUGGCAAAGCUGCUUCUGUCACAUUUGCUGAUGCAGUGGCUGAGGGUGUGUCUCCCCUUUGCACAGACCUUGUUCUGAACCAAGGAAGAAAAGAUCAUGUUUGCAUCAUUCUAUUCUUUCAUACCCACUACAGGCAGAUGGGGGACAGGCUCCUCCUGUCUCACCCACAGCUCAGUGCACGCAGGCUGCAGAAAGCUGGGCUUGCACAACCUGUCCUGGGAGCUUCACUGCAGCACUGCAACAUCACAGUUAUUGCUUGGCCCACAUUUGAGAGCUACAAACACUGUGCUGACUUCACAGCAACCUCUGCUGAGAAGGGAAUAAUUCCAGAGUCCAAGCAAAAGGCAAGAGCACCUUUGUAGUUCCAGUAAAAUUAAACUCAGGACUGGCUAUCUUCUCUUUCAGCAGGAAAAAAAUAUUAUGAAAGGGCUUAAGUAGCACAGAUUAAAACCAGAGAAGGACAUUGUGGAGAAAUUUAGCUGAUUCCACAGAGGAAAAUUCCAGAUUAACAGGAAUAUCCAAGAUUUAGAACUGAAACAAACAGUGAGCAUCAUGUGUGUUUUUGAGUGCCAAGUGAGGGAGGUCCACUGAUCUUGGCCAAGAAUUUGGCAGGAUCAGCCAAACUCAUGUCAAGAAGCUCCAAGUCCUACAGCUAAUUUUGUCCAAAGGACAGUCCAGGAGAAGAAAAAAGACACCAGAAAUGAGUUUGCAUAGUGAAUGUCUAAUUUAAUAUGAACCAUAUCCAUAUGCUGAAGUUAUUUCUGUACUGCUGUUUGCUUCUAGCUUCCAAUAUCUACAUCUAACUAAUAAAAACCACUUAGCAUUUACAGAA